AUGGAUCUAGAUUUUAAAGAUGUCAAAUCUGUUUCCCUAAAUGCUAAGUUAGAUGAUGAAAUCGUAAAACUAACAAAAGGAUACACUACUGAUAAGAUUGUUUGUUGGUUAUUGAAAAUGGCCGUAUAUGGAUUAAAACAGAGCGGAUACAUGUGGUAUGGUACUAUUAAUCAAGUCUUCAUAGAGUUAGGAUUUCAAGAAUGUGAAAAAAAUAGUGGAAUAUAUUUCAAAUGUUCAGAAAAAUCAAAGAGAUAUGUGGAAUUUUAUGUCGACCACUUAUUAUGUACAUUUAUCAUCAACAUCAACUUUUUAACAAUUCAUGAAAGAUCUAUAAGAUCAUCCAGGAAUUAG